GAUGUGUGCACAUAAACGGUGUGAACAGACUAUAGUGUGGUCGGUUUAAAGAUGCUUUUCUCCUCUAUGGCGUCUCUGAAGAGUCAGCUGCAGCUCUUCAUCAGCACCCUGUGCUGCAUUAUUACCAGCCUCUUUUCAAAAAUGUGUUACUGGAAAGCAGGAGCCUGUAAGGGAAUCCAGGCACCUGUUUCAACUCAUGACCGAGAGCUGGACGAAGGGAAAAUCCAAAAUACAACAACUCCAACAAGUGUCAACUAUCAUUUUACACGCAAGUGUAAUUAUAAAUGUGGAUUUUGUUUCCACACUGCAAUUACAUCCUUUGUCCUGCCUCUAGAGGAAGCCAAGAGGGGCCUCAAACUUCUGAAGGAAUCCGGCAUGGAAAAGAUCAACUUUUCUGGAGGAGAGCCUUUCUUGCAUGACAAAGGAGAGUUUCUGGGGAAAUUAGUUCAGUACUGUAAACUGGACCUGCAGCUCCCCAGUGUAAGCAUCGUAAGCAACGGGAGCAUGAUCAAGGAAAAAUGGUUCCUAAAAUAUGGUGACUAUCUGGACAUCUUGGCCAUCUCUUGUGACAGUUUUGAUGAAGCAACCAACCGGCUGAUUGGCAGAGUGCAGGGCAGGAAGAGCCACAUCGACAACCUCUACAUGAUCCGGAAGUGGUGCCAGCAGUAUAAAGUGGCAUUCAAAAUCAACUCAGUCAUCAAUACCUUCAACAUUGACGAAGACAUGACGGAGCACAUCAGAGACCUUAACCCAGUCCGCUGGAAGGUUUUCCAGUGCCUGUUGAUUGAUGGGGAGAAUGCUGGAGAGACAGCCCUGAGAGAGGCUGAGAGGUUCGUCGUUAGCGACCAACAGUUUCAGGAGUUUCUGGAUAGACACAGCAGCACCUCCUGUCUUGUUCCGGAGUCCAACGAGAAGAUGAGGAACUCCUACCUAAUCCUGGACGAAUAUAUGCGUUUCUUGGACUGUCGAGAAGGAAGAAAGGACCCGUCCAAGUCCAUCCUUGAUGUCGGUGUGAAGGAAGCCAUUUGCUUCAGUGGCUUUGAUGAGAAGAUGUUUCUGAAGAGAGGAGGGAAAUAUGUGUGGAGCAAAGCUGACAUGAAGUUAGACUGGUGAAGUGUGACCGUACUGAUCAUUUGUGCAGUUUGUAUGUUUUUAUUUAUGUUUGUUACUUUUAAAACUUAACGCAUUGCUUAUUGAAAAACAUUAGCUUCAACAUAUGAUUAUAUUAUUAAAGAUAGGCAUGGUUGCUUAUUUGUGCUUCAUAAAAUAUUUUAGAUUAAAAACUUUUCAUUUUAUUUCAUAUUGUUGCUGUUUGCACCCUAAAUGAUCAGAAAACAUAGUUAUGGGUCUAUUUUACAUCAUAAACAUUUUAUAAGCUGGUCUAAUGGCCAUGACAUUUGAUAAAUAGCUAUAUACCAAUGUGAAAAUACAGUAUUUGUCACAAUCGCUUGAUUAAAAUGUAUUUAUAUUUUUUUAAAUGAAGCAUUAACUUCCUAUGGCAUUCCACUACAGUGGAGCACUGGUAUUCUUGCACUCUACCUUUCAUUGGAAAAUGAGAAUUUAUAUGUGAAUUGUAAUCGUGAAUCGUUGUAUUUGUCUUAAUAUUGCCAGUGUACUGUAUGAACACCUUCUGACAUUGUUGUUUUGUGUCAUAAUGUUGUCUAUAAACCAAGUAAACAAAAGAAACAAGC